AUGGUUACUUUAAUUAAAUAUCAAGGAACGACACCCGGGAGCCCUCCCAGCGUCCAAGCCCUGGUAGGGAAAACCGUCGCGCUCCCCUGCGACCUGACGCCCUCCACCCCCAACGACAGCGUGGUGCUGGUGGUGUGGUACAAGGACGAGCACACUCCGAUUUACAGUUACGACGUGCGAGGCCCUUACAUAACGAGGCCCAAGCACUGGCGCGGCGAGAACCUGGAGGCCAGGGCCCUGUUCCAGCGCAUCACCAACCCUUCCAGCCUCAACAUGGACAACGUCAGCGAAGCCGACGAGGGUGAAUAUCGCUGUCGGAUAGAUUACUUGAAAUCGCCCACGAAGAAUCUGAGGGUGCGGCUGGAUGUCAUAGUUCCACCGAAUAAACCCAAGAUAUAUGACGUAAAUGGAACUGAAGUAGGAGAUCAUGCUGGUCCGUACGAGGAAGGUGGAGAUAUGAAGCUGCAGUGCGUAGUGUCAGGAGGCAAACCAACGCCAACAAUAAGGUGGUGGAGAGAAGACAAACUGAUCCAAACAUCCACAACAACAAGGAACAGAGAUUUAACGAACAGGCUGGCCAACCAACUGAUCGUUCGCGGUCUUAAGAGAACCGACCAACACGUCAAGUUCACUUGCGAAGCGUCCAAUCACAACUACAGUCUCCCUGUACGAUCUUCGACCUCUAUUGACAUCUAUUUUCGGCCUUUGGACGUGGAGAUCCUGAGCAGCAAUCAGCCGUUCAGCGCCGAUCGGAAAUACGAAAUUCCUUGUCAAACAUUCGGUUCGAGGCCGCCGGCCAAUAUAACUUGGUCGAUAUUGGAAAUGAGAAGGGAAUUGAGACCGCCCAAAUAUAACAUUACGGAAAACAUUGCUGAAGAUAGAAACUCAACAUCGUCGCUUCUAACCUUCAUUCCAUCCAAAGAAGAUAACGGACGCACUUUGGUUUGUCGUGCUUCAAAUUUGAAUGUGAAAAAUGGAGUUAUAGAGACCAGCUUACAACUUAAUGUCUACUAUAUUCCCCGCAUCCAACUUUUGCUCGGAUCCAGCCUAAAUCCGGACGACAUCGAGGAGGGCGACGACGUCUACUUCGAAUGCCAAGUAGACGCAAAUCCGUCGGCUUACAAAGUUGUCUGGAAACACAACGGUAUUGCAUUACAAAAAAACCAACUUAGAGGAAUCAUCAUGAGCAACGAGAACUUAGCUCUGCAAGCAGUCACUCGUAGUCAAGCAGGAAAUUACUCUUGCGUGGGUUCAAAUGUUGAAGGAGAUGGUGAUAGUAACAUAAUCCACUUGAAAAUAAUGUUCAAGCCGAUAUGCAGAACACAUCAAAAAAGAGUCUACGGUAUUGCCCGGCACGAAGAAUCCAGAAUUUUGUGCGAGGUUGAAUCAUAUCCACCACCUGACAGAUUCAGUUGGUCCUUUAACAAUUCGGCAGAAGUAAUGGAAGUACCUCAAGAACGAUAUAAUUCAACUAUACACCAUUUUACAUCAAUAUUAACCUACACGCCUGUAACGGAGCUGGACUAUGGAACAGUUAUGUGCUGGGGCAACAACUUGGCAGGACGACAGCAGGAGCCCUGCAUAUUUCAUAUCAUCGCCGCCGGGAAACCCGAUCCCUUGUACAACUGCUCCAUCGUCAACAGGACCAACGACUCGCUGGAGGUGGAGUGUACGGAGGGAUUUGACGGAGGACAGCCCCAAUACUUUUUGCUGGAGGUUUACGAACGUAAAAGCGGCGUGCUGCAGGCCAACGUCUCGGCCAAGUUCCCGUUAUUUAUCGUGAGCGGCCUGGACCCGGGCAAGGAGCUGAAAAUGGCGGUGUACGCGGCCAACGCCAAGGGACGCAGCGAACCGGUACUGCUGGAAGGAUUUACGCUGAAAGUGGCCGAGAAGCAGACGGUUUUGUCUCUGGGAACUCGCGAUCAAAUAGAAAUAGCCCCCGUCCUGGGCGUCCUAGUAGGCAUCGUCACUGCCGUCCUACUGGUUACAGUCGUUAUCCUGCUAGCCCUAAAGAUACGCCGUUCCAGACGCAACGCCUGUAGGGCUCUAAGACCUCGGUUUCUGCCUGUCAAGGACAAAGUAACUUUGCCUUUGAGAUCGGAAUCAGAGGAUUUGUUUGAGAAGGAUGAUAAGAAUCCAGAUGUGGUACCAUCGAAUAAAGAUUCCGACUAUCAACUGGGCUCGGCCGCACAGACUCCGGGUCUGAAUAAUUCAGCGCUGUCCGUUUCCGGGAAUCCGGCCGAUUUCGGACGCAACGUUGCCGGAUCGCCGCCCGCGUCGGCGGCCACGUCACCGAGCGCGCCCCUCCAGAACGUGACACCGCUGGCGGAAGCUUACAUGGCCAGAAAUCGGAAUUUUACACCUAGUGCGACAAACAACGAGGUAGUCUACGCCGAACUGCAACUGGCCCGCCCCAACUCCCUCGACCCGAUCAAGAACGGCGGUCAGCACUUCGCCUCCGGUCAGCAAUACGCCACCCUGCGCAAGGGCGACGACUCCACCAUCUACACCCAGAUAGACCACGGCCGGCGACCACCACCGCCACCCGUUCCCAACAGCCGAACGUCACCCAUCGUGUCCCCCGUGACGGCGGCCAUUUCCACGUCCAAACAGGGCCUGUACCAUCGCGAGGUGGUGACGGUACGGACGCCGCUGAUGGGCUGCCAGCAGGAGAGCUGCGUCUAA